AUGGUCGAUAUCGGAGAUUCUGGACGAAAGAGUGAUGAUAACGUAUACAACAACAGUCACCUUGGUCAUGCAAUUGAAACUAACACCGUCAGCAUUCCUAAACCAGAAAGUGUUGGAAAAAAUCUUAAUGUAUUGACUAAUGUAUUCGUUGCGAAUGAUGCGUUUGGUUUGAAAAAAAACGUUAUGGAACCUUAUCCGAAUCAAAGCAUUCUUUUAGAUCAAAGAAAUUCUAACUCUAGGCUUUUAAGAGAAAGGGAAGUAAAGCUUGGUUCUCACUAUGGGCUAGCGAUGAGCACAUUAUGCACACUGACCCAUAGUGUGCAUGUGUUAGCCGAUCUCAAUUUUUGA